GGCACUUCAUUUAUCAUGGUAGCCCUAAGAAAGAGAGAGAGAAAGAGAGAGAGAGUUUAUUUAUUACUUAUAACUCUUCAGAGAGAUUUUGUAGUACUACUUACUAUUCAUUCUGCCUUGGAAGAAUUGAGUUGAGUUUCUCUUCAUUUCUUUAGACCUUUCCGCUUCUUCCUUCUCCUUUCAAGUUCAACUCAUGGUUUUCUCUCUAAAACUCUAGUAUAUCUUAGUUCAGUCUCACCCCAUAGCCACAGGAAGGACCUUGAAAAUACUAAUUAAUGGCUUCUUCCAUGAACAACUGGUUGGGUUUUUCUCUCUCACCACAAGAACUCCCACCCCAGCAGCAGCAGCCUCAGCGUCAUCAUCAAGAUGAAAUCUCCGGUACAGAUGUCUCCGCUGAAUGCUUUGAUCUCUCUUCUGACUCAUCUGUUCUUCCUUCUCUAAACCUCCCAGCCCCUUUUGGCAUAUUUGAAGCAUUCAACAGAAACAAUCAAUCUCAAGAUUGGAAUAUGAAAGAUAUGAGUAUGAACUCUGACAUUAACUACAAAACAAACUCAUCAUCAGACUAUUCUAUGCUAAUGGGUAGUUCAUGCAAUAGUCAGAACCUUGAAAACCAAGGUGGGCCAAAGCUUGAAAACUUCCUCGGUGGACACUCUUUUUCCGGUCGGUGCAACACCAUUAGCUCUGCUUCUUAUGGCGGCGUCACUGGUGGUGGCGGUGCUGCUGCUGACUACAACAUGUAUCCAAACUGUUCGUUGCAGCUUCCGUCGGAGGCAAUCGCCGAUAAUGGCCAAGGGAGUAAUGGAGGAGUAAGCAUUAACAACAACUCCACCCCCACCACCACUAUAGGCCUUUCUAUGAUCAAGAACUGGUUGAGGAAUCAACCGACACCCACACAGCCAGAGAACAAGAAUGACGGUGGUUGCGGUGGUGGUAUUGGAGGAGUGGCUAAAGGAAGACCAACAAGUGCACAGACUUUGUCGCUAUCGAUGAGGUCCGAGUCUCCUCUGCCGCUUUUGACUGCAAGUGGUGGUGCUAGUGGUGGCGGUGGCGGUGGAGGAGGUGAGAGUACUUCAUCAGAUAACAGCCAGCCCAAGGAGACAACUCUCGAUGCGCAAACUGGUGCAAUAGAGGCGGUGCCUCGCAAAUCUAUUGACACAUUUGGUCAAAGGACUUCCAUAUACCGUGGUGUAACCAGACAUAGAUGGACAGGUAGAUAUGAGGCUCAUCUAUGGGAUAAUAGUUGUAGAAGAGAAGGACAGACUCGCAAAGGCAGGCAAGUUUAUUUGGGAGGCUAUGAUAAGGAAGAGAAAGCAGCCAGAGCUUAUGAUCUAGCAGCAUUGAAGUACUGGGGCACCACUACCACUACAAAUUUCCCUACAAGCAACUACGAGAAAGAAAUUGAAGAAAUGAAGCACAUGACCAGGCAGGAGUAUGUUGCAUCUCUUCGAAGAAAGAGCAGUGGUUUUUCUCGUGGAGCAUCAAUCUAUCGAGGAGUUACAAGACAUCAUCAACAUGGUAGAUGGCAAGCAAGGAUUGGAAGAGUUGCAGGGAAUAAGGAUCUUUAUUUGGGAACUUUCAGCACCCAGGAGGAAGCAGCAGAAGCGUAUGACAUAGCAGCAAUAAAAUUCAGAGGACUGAAUGCAGUAACAAACUUUGACAUGAGUAGGUAUGAUGUUAAAAGCAUACUUGAGAGUAGCACUUUACCCAUUGGCGGAGCUGCCAAGCGACUGAAAGAUGCCGCCGACAAGGCAGAUCAGUUAAACAUGACAACUAUGUCUAUGCAUAACAACAAUACCCACCUAGUCGAUGACAACAACUUGCUAAAUUCACAUCUCAGUCUCACCGAUCAUGGAAUUACCAAUGCUGCAGUCUACGGUGAUGGAUGGCCCACCAUUGCAUUCCAACAAGCUCAGCCUUAUAGCUCCACCAUGCAUUACCACCCAUAUGGGAUUGGUCAGCAGCAGCAAAGAGCAACAAUGCCAGUAUGGUGUAAGCAAGAGCAAGAACAAGAUCAAGAUCAUCAAGAUGAUUUAAACCAACUUCAAUUGGGAAACAAUACUCACAAUUUCUUCCACCACCCUACUUCUGCUUUGCACAACCUCAUGAGCUUGGAUGAACACAGCUCUGCGGGCUCCAAUUCCUUGGUUUAUAGUGGUGGAGGAGAUAGUAAUGGCGGUGGUGGUUUUGUGAUGCCAAUUGCAACAGUGAUUUCUCAAGAAGGAAACAACACCACUGCUCAUGGUUUUGGGGAUAAUGAAAACAUAUUUGGUGUGAUGCCAGAUCCUUAUCAUGGAAGGAACUUGUAUUAUCUUUCGCAGCAUCAACAAUCAUUGAGUGCUGGUGGUGGAGCGGUGAAGGCGAGUGUGUAUGAAUAUGAUCAUCAUCAUCAUCAUCAUCAGAUUCAGGGCACAUCUUGUAACAACUGGAUUCCUACAGCAGUACCGACACUUGCACCAGCUAGGUCUAACAAUAUGGCAGUUUGUCAUGGAGCUCAAACUUUCACAGUAUGGAAUGAUACAUGAUUUGAGAGAGUCUUGAUCUGGAAGGAAAUAGAUGGAGGAGGAUGGAUGUGAAGAGGGUUUUCAGUCUACUUUCUAGGGCAAGAAAAGAAUGUACACAGCAACUAUAAUUUGUUUCCUAAUUUUGUUGAUUUUUGAUUUUGAUUUCUACAGUUGAUGCAAAAGUUUGGUUAGGAUCAUCUAACUGAAGUUCAUCUCAAUAGCAAGUGAGAGAGUUCGCUUAGUUUCUGUCUCUCAGUUGCUAUUAAUUUUGGGAACUUUUCACUUACAGAUCCUCGGAAAGUAUAAUACACCAGACUUUGUAAUUUUGAAUAACAUUUUGAUGAACAAAGAAUGGGUUAUACCA